AUGUGGUCCUGCACACACAGAGGGUGCGAGGGGAGCGGCAGCGCUGGAGAGGUUGUGGCAGGAGGCGCGCCCUGCGAUCUCCGGGAUGGCGUGGCCAAAAGAGGAGCGUGUCAGGAGUGGGAUUCGAACCCACGCCUCCAGGGGAGACUGCGACCUGAACGCAGCGCCUUAGACCGCUCGGCCAUCCUGACGGCGGGUCUGAAGGCGAGGCCCUUGCCUGGCUGGCAGCCGCGCCCACGCGCGCGCGGAUGGGACCUGGAGCGCCGGGGCGCCCGGGCAUGUGGCGGUCCGGGUGCUGUGGCUGCGGGCCUCGCCCGGUGUCCACCGCUUCGACGUGGAGACGCCCUAGGCGCCAGAGUCGCUGCGGGUCCCGGGGGAGCGGUGGGGUGCGGCGGGCCACCAGCCCACCCGCGGCGGGCCGCGCAUGAGCCCGGGCGAGGGCAGCGCCGAGACGCGGUGGUGAGCCAGGGUUGCGGGUUCGGGUCCUGGUGCGAGGGCGUGGUGGCGGCGUCCCGGGGACUGUGGGGUGGGAUGCGGGGUCGGCCAUGGCGGGAGGGAGACCAUAGGGCCUGGGUGCCAGACCGGCCGCCACGGCUGCGCUGGCCCUUGGGCCGCGUCCAAGGCCCGGAUCGGGACACCCCACGGCGCGUCGGCCCACGCGCCUCCGGAACCUCGGGCCCCUCGCCCUGGCACCCCGCUCCGCGCCAGGACCCCCAACGACAGGGACGAAUCACCUUCCGAGAGCCGACCCAGGGAAGUGGCACCUUGCAGAUGAACUUCUUGUUCGAAGACGUGGGCUGCUUCCACACGUCCAUUACUCAUGCUCACUUUGAGGAACUGUGUUCAGACCUUUUCUGCAGCCCCCCGGACCCUGUGGAGAGGACCCUGAGCAAUGCCAAGCUGGCCAAGGCCCAAAUCCAUGAGCUCAUCCUGGUGGAUAGUUCUACCCGUAUCUCUAAGGUGGAAAAGCGUCUAUAAGACUUCUUCAACGUCAAGGAGCUGAACUAGAACAGACCUGAUGAGGCUGUGGCCCAUGGGGCUGCUGUGCAGGUGGUUGUGUUGAUAAACAAAUGUGAGAAGGUGCAGGAUCUCCUCCUGCUGGAUGUGGCUCCCUUGUCCCUGGGGCUGGAGACGGAGGUGUUGACCACAUUAAUCUGGUGGAGUGUCACCAUCCCUACCAAACAGACCCGCCUUCACUACUUACUGUGACAACCAGCCUGGGGGGUCCUGAUCCAGGUAAAGGAGGAUGAGAGGGCUGUGACGAAGAACAGCAACCUGCUGGGCGGCUUUGAGCUCAGUAGCAUUCUUCCUACUCCACGUGGAGUCGCCCAGAUCGAAGUAAAUGCUGGCAUGGAUACCAGUGGUAUCGUUAGUGUGACAGCCAGCGACCGGAGUACUGGCAAGGCUAACAUCGUCAUCACCAAUGACAAGGGCUAGGAGGAGGGGGAGAGGAUGGUUCAUGAGGUUGAACAGUUCAAGGCUGAGGGUGAGGUCCAGAGGGACAGAGUGGCUGCCAAAAACUUCCUGGAAGUCCAUGUCUGCCAUGUAAAGAGUUAUCAAGAAGAUAACCAUAGGGAAAAGAUUCCAGAGGAGGACAGUUGCGAAGGGCAAGACAAGUGUCAGGAAGUCCUGGUCUAGAGCACAACCACUUGACAGGCAAGGAGUGUGUGCAUCAGAAGAGGGCACUGGGCAGACCUGCUGCCCAUCUCCUGUAGGUUUUACUCGGGGGUAGCAGUAGCGGGGCUCAAGUUUGCCUGGAGAGGCCUGGUGGUAUUGCCCCCCUCAUUGGGGAACUUGAUCGAAUGACCUGUCAUGAUUGAGGUCAUCUGUGUCUGUAAGGGCUGGACUUAGGGGUCUUCUAGACUCUUCUAGAAUCCCACCUUAUGACUUCAAAUUAAAUUAAAGAGAUGAGUGGGGUAUUUUACCCUGAAGUUGGGAGCUUUUUUUUCUCAUUAUGUUUUAUAAUUGAAGUCUAUGUUGUUUGGG